AUGGAGUACGGAUAUCUGAGCGGGGCCGGUGGUGGGUUCGAUGGUGGCUGUUUGGGCGGUGGUGGCGAGUUGUCGUGGGGCGAGCUGGCCUCCUGUGGUCAGAUGUCGCAGGCUGCGUAUCGCUACCAGGGCAUGAGAUACCAGCCCCCGCCGCCGCAGUGCGCCCGUCCCCAGGACACCACCAUGAGGAACCACCACAUCUUCCCGCCGGCUAUGAAUCUACAACCGGGUCUCCCAUACAAAGUGUACGGCGGGCACGAGGGUUCUUUGACCGAGAAGAGAAAACAGCGUAGAAUCAGAACGACCUUCACUUCAGCACAACUGAAAGAGCUGGAAAGAGCCUUCCAGGAGACGCACUACCCUGACAUAUAUACCAGGGAAGAAAUAGCAAUGAAAAUAGAUCUCACGGAAGCGAGAGUGCAGGUGUAUUGUUUGGAGUGA